UAAAAGUAAAGGCGGUUAUAAUUUAUUCGUCAAUAUUGAGAGCCAAACAAUAUAACUCAAGAACUGAAGCUCCUCCAGAGAUCCUACUUUUAAGAUAUCUUUUCCAAAAAUUAGAUGCAUUAGCUUAUCGGUUCUUGGAGUCAUGGAGACAUCGACAAAGACGCCUACGCAGAAGUACGCAGCGGCUGGUCUGUUUGCUCUGGCACUUCAUCAUACGCAAAUUCACCAAAAGCGGCCUUCAAAUCCUCUUGUACCCCUCAUAGAUGAGCCUAUUGGCGAAGGCGUGGAAAUCGGUUGGACUGUUUCGGUUUCGGAUCAUCCUCAGCUUUGGAUCCAUGAAAAUUCUGGCUUGCUUUCCCCUGUUUUUAGGUUUUUAGGGGUGGACGAACAAAGGCAGCAUGGGAUUAAGGAAACAGCUGAGCUCUCUUCACAGUUAAGGCACCAUGUUGGAGCGUUCUUGACUUUACUCUCAGCGGAAAGUGGUGGAACUUCAGAAAUAACAAACAAGGAACUUGCUUUGACCAAAACUGUUGAUGCCAUGGUGCUUAGCAUGGAAAGCUCUGCUGCCUCUUUGGAUGGUUCUGGGAAUUAUGAGUAUGAAAACAAAUGCCACGAGAAAUAUUCCAUCAAUAAGCCAGAACCAGCGACUGAUAUCAAGGAAACCAUACAGGGGGCGAUUCCCAAGGCGUCCACUGAAGAGAAAGCUCAAAGUAGAUUUGUAAUUGAAAUUUCGGAGCAACCACCGGAGGAGGAAACGGUGCUCACAUACCAGACAAAAGUGGCAGUUCUUUUUGAGCUUCUUUCAGCUUUUUUAGUUGAGAAUACUGAUUUUGACAAGAAUUGUGCUCGACGAAAGGGUUAUGACGCUAGACAUCGUGUGGCUUUACGUUUACUAUCAAAAUGGCUCAAUGUCAAAUGGAUUAAAGUGGAAGCUAUAGAGACAAUAGUCGCCUCCUCCUUAAUGGCGACAGAGCAAGAGCAGGGUGGAAAUGAGGAUGGAAAUGGUACUUCAGAAGCCCCUGGGGCCAACUGGAAGCGUGGAGGUAUUAUUGGUGCAGCUGCUCUAACAGGAGGAACCUUGAUGGCAAUUACUGGCGGCCUAGCUGCCCCUGCAAUAGCACAUGGGUUGGGUUCUUUGGCUCCUACUUUGGGCGGUCUUGUCCCUGCAAUUGGAGCAAGUGGAUUUGCUGCAGCAGCUAGUGCUACAGGAUCAGCUGCUGGUUCAGCUGCUGUUGCUGCUUCAUUUGGAGCGGCUGGAGCUGGCCUUACAGGGAGUAAAAUGGCUAAAAGAGUUGGCAGCAUUGAGGAAUUUGAGUUCAGAGCUAUGGGAGAGAAUCAUAACCAAGGCCGGCUGGCAGUUGGAAUUAUGAUCUCCGGAUUUGUCUUUGAGGAAGAAGAUUUCAUCAAGCCUUGGGAAGGUCAUAAGGAUAACUUGGAGAGGUAUGCCCUAUGGUGGGAGUCUAAAAAUUUGAUUGAACUGAGCACUGGAAUACAGGACUGGCUAACUUCAAGAAUUGCUGCGGAAAUGAUGAAACAAGGUGCCAUGCAUACUGUAUUAAACACACUUGUAGCAGCAUUUGCUAUGCCGGCAACACUGGUUACAGCAUCAGAUCUUAUAGACAGCAAAUGGGCAGUUGCUAUUGACAGAUCUGAUAAAGCUGGUAAAUUGCUUGCUGAAGUGUUGUUGAAGGGACUGCAAGGAAACAGACCUGUGACACUCAUAGGUUUCUCAUUGGGGGCUCGUGUAAUUUUCAAAUGUCUCCAAUGUCUGGCUGAAACAGGAGAAAAUGCUGGACUAGUGGAAAGGGUUGUUUUCCUUGGAGCACCAAUAUCAAUUGAAGAUGAAAACUGGGAGGAUGCAAGAAAGAUGGUGGCCGGGAGAUUUGUCAAUGCUUAUUCGACUACUGACUGGACAUUGGGAAUUGUUUUUCGUGCAAGUUUACUUUCUAAAGGAUUAGCUGGAAUUCAACCUGUUGAUAUUUCGGGGAUUGAGAAUGUUGAUGUUACUGAUCUCAUCGAAGGUCAUUCUUCCUAUCUAUGGAUGACAAGAAAAAUUCUGGAACAGCUUGAUCUGGAAAAUUAUUACCCAGUUUUUAGAACCACACGUGCCAAAUCCCAGGAACAAAAUAGUUCCGUAACCGGUGUGGUCUCACCAAUUUAG